AUGCCACCCCUCACCAGAGCACGUGCUCACCACAAGUUCCCGGAUUUCGUCCCGGAUGCGUCCAGCGAGGCAUCGCCACUGGCGCUGAGGCAGCCUCAGCGAACCGGACGACACACCAAACUCCUGGAUUGGAUCAUAUUGAAUCCAGGCACAGGAGCAGCCCCUCACGAUGAGACCGACCCCAUCAACCAACUCUUCCGACUCCUUUUCGAGGAGUCGGACUACCGUUACCAUUUGAGACUUCGACGGUCGUGCCCGGGAGAAGCCCCGCAUACGGAAUGGCUCAUGCUAGCCUGGAACUCCGCCGACCUUCGCGCCAAAUUCAUCAACUCACCGCACUACCAAUACUUCAUUGAGAUUCUGACCACAUGGGCCUCGGACCGAUCCGUCCAAGUCUCCAUGAUCGAUCUCACUCAGUCCCGGGGGGCCUUUACUGGCGGUGCAUUCUGGAGCACUCAGUAUAUAGGCCCCGUCGAGUACUACGAGCUCAUGGCUGUCUAUUUCCCCGAGAGUCUAACGGGUACACAGAUCCAAAAAUUAGACAAAAUCACACCGUAUAACCUCGGGGUUCUGAUCGGGACGGAUGUAUACCCCUUGGCGGGGUUGACGGAUUGGCAGCACGGAUGGCUGGAUCAGCCCGUCCUCUUCCAGGGCCAACGCGCUCGGUGUUUGGUCUAUCUGAUGCGGUGGGAGGAUACGAAGCGCGAGCGCGAAUACAAACGAUGUCGUUUCACGAUCGAGGGGCAGGAUGUAGACUAUUGGGGGGAAUUUGUGACCCCGUUGAAGGAGUGUGGGAUGUUGGGAUACGAAUCGCAGCAUGCCUCAUUCCUUCGGAACCGGCUUGGUUCGGUGCUAGGGGCGUAG